AUGGAGCCUGAAGGAGAGGGAAAGGGGGGAGGCAGGGACGGGAGAAAGAGCGAGAGAGAGAAAGAAAGAGGGAGGAAAGAGAAGAGAAGAGCGAAUAAUGUAAUUUUAAACAAACAGCAAAUAGUUCUUCACAUGCUAAAGAGAGGGAGAGGGAGAGAGUUGAGCAGGCAUUCUCUUCCCUGAGCAUAAACACUUAACAAUGGUGCCCAUCAUAAGCACACUAUGUACAAGGUACAGAACAUUAUGGGUACUAUAGCACAUCACUGUACUUCUGGCCUAGAUCAAAUCAGUGUGUCUUAGUCUAACCGAGGAUGAGUAACUUUGACUGUGACCUGAAGACGGGCGGCAGGUAGCUUAGUGGUUAAGAGCCUUGUGCCAGUAACCGAAAGGUCGCUGGUUCUAAUCCCCGAGCCGACUAGGUGAAAAAUCUGUCGAUGUGCCCUUAAGCAAGGCACUUAACCCUAAUUGCUCCUGUAACUCGCUCUGGAUAAGAGCGUCUGCUAAAUGUAAAUGUAAGACUUGAAUUAGUUCCCCAAGCUAAUGCCUAGACUUUAGCUCAGUCGGCUAACACAGUCUUGAUGUGGUACGCAGAAGACCUGGGUCGGUCACAUUAAGAAUGUAGAGAAUAUACUCUCUCUCUCUCUCUCUCUCUCCCUCUCCAUCCCUUCCUCCUCCUGUAGGGUGGUGACACAGUUCUUUGUGUUCCUGUACUGUAAAUGUCUGUGGCGAGGCCUGAAGUUUGUGAUCAGGAAGGUCACGGGGCGGUGUGAACUGCAACGGAUCUGCCACAACAACAAGCCAGGGGCCCGAAGGACCCUUAAGAUCGGUAGGCCUACUUUUUGCCUUAGAGGAAUUGUUUAAUGCGUCAAGAUGUAAUUUAAUCUGUUAUCAAUUCUGAUUCUGUGUGAGACAUACUGUAUGUAGGCUAUGAUAAUGAUAAAAAGUGAUGGGUGGGAACUGGGAAUUUGAAAUACUGUAGGAUUGUUAGCAUUUCUUUUUAAACUUGUUUUUCCCCAUUCAGAGUCUUCCCUCAGGUACUCAAAGAAUGAGGUGAGUGGUAUACAUUUGACGGGUAAUAUGGUAUUUCAUAACUUAUACACAUUUAUACACAACUGUGAUGAUGCAUUGUUCUCUCUUCCUCCUUCUCUUCCUGCCUCCUAUUCCUCCUCCUCCUCUUUUUCCUCCUCCGCCUCUCCUUCCUCUCCAGCUAUGCCAGUCUGCCCUCAGUGCUCACCCAGACCGUGUGGAGAAGACCAUCGAUGACAUCAUGACCCUGAAGAAGGUCAACCCUGACACUAACCCACAGUAAGAUCAUGUUCAGCACUGGAUCUGUUGAUCGCUGUGCAUCAAGUACUGAGAGCCACCAAGCAGUCUUUUAAGGUUCAUAACGUGCCUGUCCUAACUAGAAUGCAAUUGAUUUGUACUCUAGUCAGACUACUGACCAGGAUUGAAAGACCUACAUUCGGCCGGGAUUCAGUCCAAGGCAUGUUAUAGCGCAGAUCACUAUACAGCCGACAAUCCCUUUUAAAGGAAUUUUCCACAAAGUUUUCGGUGAUUGCAUUUUUGGUAAACCUCGCACGUUGGCUCAAACGCAAAUGACCUUUAAGAGACCGUUAUAGUGCCCUGCGCUACAAUGCACCUUGGAUUGAAUCCUGGCCCUACAGUACUUACAAAAGGAGCCUCCAAAAAGAGCAUGCUCUCACAGAGUUCAUUAGGGUAAACCAUAGCUUAACGUUUGAGCAUUUUGUAUAGGAAAAGACCAGACCCUCCCCAUUUCUCUUUCUGUUCCGUUUGGUGUCUAUUGAACACAAACCUGUAGUAGUAGGCCACCUCCAGGCUGACCUCCAGGCUGACCCUGGUAUGGCUGUGUCUCUCCCCAGGCUAGGCAUCUCCCUCCAGGCCAGCCUGUUCCAGAUCGUAGGCUACCGUGGCCUGGUGGCGGAGGUGGAGAAGCUACGCAGGGAGCCGUACGACUGUGAGAACCCCGACCAUGAGCAGAUGCUGAUGAAGGUAGGAUGAAUGGAUUAGAUUAUUACACAUGUACAUUAUAAUGUUAUUAUAAUGCAUUAUGAAGUGCUACUAUAAUCACCACUAUUUAAUAUCUCUGUUGAUAUAAAGGUAGAAUUUCUGUGCUUUCUAUAGUUGGGGAGCUAGAGUGGGGUAGUUACUCAGUGUGGGGUAGAUACAGUAUAUACUGUAAUUGGAUCCCCUGCUCAGAAUGUAAGGCGACUGAAUUGCUGACAUAAUACAAACACUGACAAUGCAACAUUGUCAUUUGCUCUAUUUCAAAAGGCCAGGUAUUGAAUAUCAGGGCCCAUAUUCAUAAAGCGUCUCAGAGUAGGAUUGCUGAUCUAGAAUCAGUUUAGCCUUUAAAUCAUAAUGAAUAACAAUAUAUUGACAGGGGGGACCUGAUCCUAGCACUGCUACUCUGAGACACUUUAUGAAUACGGGAUCUGGCUUAAUUUACUGAUAGCAGUAAGUAGUCUCUCCCUGAUUAAUGUCUGUGUUUGUCCUGUUGUAGCUGUGGAAGACACUGCGUCCUGAUUCGCCACUCACCGGGCGGAUCUCCAAGCAGUGGUGUGAGAUCGGUUUCCAAGGCAACGACCCCAAGACUGACUUCAGGGGCAUGGGUCUACUGGGCCUACACAAUCUUCUGUGAGUGUCUCUGUGUGUGUGACAGUGUGUGUGUGUGUGUGUGUGUGUGUGUGUGUGUGUGUGUGUGUAUAUGUGUGUAAUAUGAGUCACUGUACUGUACAAAUGUUUUCCUCUGCAGACAAGGACCAGACAAUAGUACAGUACUGAUUAUACAUCCAGUAACAAUGUGAAGGGACAAAUAGACAAUCCUGUACAAUUCUAGUUUAUGUUUCCCCUGUGUUUUAUCUUCCUCUACCAUAGAUAUUUUGCUGAGCAUGACAAGGCCACCGCUCUCCAGGUGCUUCAUGACUCCCUGCAGCCCAAACACAGGUGGGUCCCUCCCCUUUACCCCUCCUUUACCCGCCCCCUGACCUCCUAUGGCAUAGAGAUUGGCUCUUGAUUUAUCUCAACCACUUACAACAUGCUUUGAAGAAUGAUCUAUCUAGGGUCGAACCAAUGACUGCUUGAUAUGUUGGAUGAUUUGUACCUAUCAUGCUUAUUUGUCAGCUCACCAUCUAAUCCCGCGUUCCUGGCUGACUACAUUGCAGACGCCUUCCAGAUCCACAACACCUGGAUAGGUGUUUAACAUAUUAUCUAGCCACAUCAUAUGGUAUAGCAAUCGGAUGCCCAACUGUGCUGUCGAUGAAAUGGCACUUAACCAUUGGUUGAUGCAAUGCAACGUCUGCAAUGUAGUCGGCCUGGAACGCGACCUGUAUGAUUAAGCACUGGAGUCACACGAACUCUCAACAUAACACAGUCCCACUAUUGAAACUCCAUGGGAGGAAAUCUUAUAAAAAGGGAAAUCACUAUCAGUAGUCUCGAACUCUAUUUCCCAUCAGACCUCUCUGAUGUUUUGAGUUUCUCCUGGGUCAUGUUCAUUAGGCACCUAACGGGGAAAAAAGUGCUGAACAGGGAGUAACUACCUGAACUUGCCCAAUAAGAAACACACAUUUUCGCUUUCCGUUGUGUACAAUUUUAGAAAAGUUUCCAGUGUGUGCCCUAAUGAACCUGACCUUAGUUUCUCCACACUGGUUAGGCUACACUGUGGCUGUGUCAGUCUAUAGCUGCAAUUUAUAGUACACACUUGGAUGACUGCAGUUGUGACUAGGGUUUUACAUUUCUAUCGUUUGGCACAUUUGCUUUGAUCUACAUCUCACUGGGCACACUCACUUUCUUUUUUUCUCCACCUCCAUUCUCUCCAUCCCUCUCUCUCACGUUUGUAGGAGCAUUCCCAAAGAGGCAAGGUACUACUUCACCAUUUCACUUUCAUACUGACCAAUUGAUUUGCAACGUUUUUUGAAUUAUCUCUAUUUGUACUUGUUAUAGUUAUGCAUUCCAUUCAUUAAUUACGAUGAGUUAUAGAAUCUAGAUAGUAAAGGAAAUUGUCAUAUGAAACUGCAUCAUGGCACUUUCUUUGCACUACUCAACUUGUUUCAUUAGCUGAGGUCUUUGUAAGUUUCUGAGGUACCUCAGAAGCAGCCUGGUUCCAGUUCGGUUUGUGCUGUCUGACAAUGACCAUAGGAGCUGGCAAGACAGCACAACCAGAUCUGGGACCAGGCUACCUCAGCAGUAAGAAAAUACUGCAAUGUCAGAGCUCUAGAUGCACACUCACACUCAUGCUUGUGUACUCCACAGCAAAAUGAGCAAAGCAGAAUGGGAACAGAAGAAUUUUGAUAAAGCAAUUGGGUGAGUCUCGAAUCCCUAAAACACGCAAGAACGCAGAGGAGAUGGCAAAGGAGAGAAUAUCAAGAAGAAUCCUUUGAUAUCCUUGUGUCCUCAUCAUACCAUGGGCAUGGCAGUGUCUAAAAGGAUUAUGGGAGAUCUGGGCAUGGGGUGGAGGGUUAUUGUAGCUCUAGGGCGCUUUGGCUCUGGCAGAGGGGCUGUUUCAGCACUGGAAGUCCUGCUGUGACAUCUAUAUUCAGGCAAUGUGUGUGUGUGUGUGUGUGUGUGUGUGUGUGUGUUUUCAGAGGGUGAAAUGUGUGUGUGUGUGUGUGUGCCAGGAUUUGUUUAGAUUCAGCUCUUGUACACACCUAUUCCUUUAGUUCAAUUGUCUCAGUCAAACCAUGGCAAAAUCAGUUAUCAUACUUGCACUGCAAUAGGCCAAGUCCACGUUGUGGAUUUCAAAUCUCAACAAGGCCAUACAUUAUUUUCACCCAAUCAAAACCUGUGAGAUCAUUAAGCCACAUUACAAUCAUAAGACUGUAAACAUAUUCCAUUCUAGUCCAUAUGCACUAGUGCCUACUGCCUACUUAAGUCAAGUAGAAGGAACAAGUGCAGGGGGCAGCACAGAGGCUUGUGCACAGCUAAAAAGAUUGCCUUCAUUCCAGCUUCAGAUAAAAGGCGAUAUGUUUAUAACUGAUUGUUCCAGAUACUCCUUUGCCAUCGUGGGCAUCAACAUCACGGACCUGGCCUACUCUCUGCUGGUGAGCGGAGCCCUGAAGACCCACCUGUACAACGUAGCCCCGGAGAUGCCCAGCCUCAGCCACUUCCAGCAGACCUUCUGUGAGUGGGAGCCAUUUUGGCCAAAAUGGCACCCUAUGCCCUAUAUUGUACUACUAAAUGGCAAUGUAUUCCCUGUAUACUGUACUACUUUUGACCAGAGCCCAAUAGGGUGCCAUUUCAGAUGCAGUCUUUGAGUGUUAAAUCUGCUAGUACGUGUGACGAUAUAUUGAUACUGAUAUACUGAUAUAACUUGAGAACCGAACGGCGCACUUAUACAUUAUCAGUCAUGACAUCGUCUCUUUCUUUACACUACUCUCGAUCUGCAUGCCUUCAACUUGUCAGACAUAAAAUACUGUGAGAAUUCCUACAGUAUCUUUCCCUGCAAUAUUGUUUUAUCCCAAUAUUGUGAUAUCAUAUUUUUUGUAGUAUCUUUCCCUGAAAUAUGAUAUCCCAAAACAAUGUUUUUUUCCAUUUUGGUACAAUUAUUGUAGUACUGUAUGAAAAUGUUAUACUGUCGUCCCACCCUUACCUGCUAACCUACAAGUUUUCGGUUUUCUUCUGGUCCUGCUCUGUGAUCCCAGCUGUUUGUGCUAUAUAGCCAACUAUGACCAUAGGAAUUGGCAAGACAGCACAAACAGUUCUAGGACCAGGCUACUGUGGUUCUGUCCUGGCUAAUGGUCCACCCCCUCCUCUCCAAGGUUACCUAAUGCAGGAGUUCCAUCGGUUCUGGAUUGAGGAGGACCCCUGUGACAUCAUGGAGUUCAACCGUGUGCGCUCCAAGUUCCACCGGCGGGUGCUGCGGCAGCUCAAGAACCCCGACAUGGCGCUGUGCCCCCACUUUGCCGCCUCCGACCUCCACCUGGUCAACCUGUAA